AUGAAAGCCAGCCAGCCUCUCCUCCUGCGCCGAGCCGGGCCCGGGGGGCUGCCAAGGACGGCUCGGGGGGCUGCCACAGAGAGCCCAGGGGGGCGACAAGGAGGGCUCGGGAAGCUGCCAGAGAGAGCCCGGGAGGCUGCCAAGGAGGAGCCGUGCCCGCUGACACCGCCCAGAGAGGCCGCGGGGGGACGGGCCGAGGGGAGCGGCCCGGGAUGCGCUGAACAGGCCGGACCAAGGGCUGCGGAGGCCGAGCCGCGCCCCAUGGCCCGGGGCAGGUUCCCCUGGGCUCCUGGAAGUCUGCUGGAAGUGGUGGCCGGGCUGGCGGCGGUCGCGGGGCUCGCUGUUGUCUUUUACAUUGAAGUAGUCGGACGCAAAAUGUUUCCUAAGGAGGUGGAAAACUAUGUGGCAUCCAUAGUGCUGAGUGCAGUUGGUGACACGCUGGGAUUUAACAAUGGCAAAUGGGAGUUCCAGCUGAGUGGCCCAGUCAUCCACAAGGAGCUGGCAGAGAUGGGAGGACUGGGCAACUUCAGCAUCCAAGGCUGGAGAGUCAGCGAUGAUACCGUGAUGCACUUGGCCACGGCCGAAGCCCUAGUAGCUGCCGGGAAAAACCCAAGCCUACCACAUCUCUACUCUCUGCUUGCAAGGAACUACAAGGAGUGCAUGAAUGACAUGGAGGGAAGAGCUCCAGGUUCCAUGUCCCUGGAAAGCACCAUGAAGCUGGAUGCGGGGCGGCCGAACGGCUGGCGGAUCCCGUUCAGCCCGCGGGCGGGAGGCUGCGGGGCCGCCAUGCGCGCCAUGUGCAUCGGGCUGCGCUUCUUCCGCCCCGCCCAGCUGGACACCCUGCUCCAAGUCAGCAUCGAGAGCGGCCGCAUGACCCACCACCACCCCACCGGCUACCUGGGGGCCCUGGCCUCAGCCCUCUUCGCGGCUUAUGCAGUGAACAGCGUGCCCCCCGAGGCCUGGGGGAAGGGGCUGAUGGAGGUGCUGCCACGGGCAAAAGCCUACGUGCAGGAGGCUGGCUUCUUCGUGAAGGAGAACAUGGAGCAAUGGUAUUACUUCGAAGAGCAGUGGAAAAAAUACCUGGAGGAGAGAGGCAUCUCGGACGGGGUCUCGCCGCCCAAGUUCCCCUCCAAGUACGGCGUGGAAGAGAGAGACUCGUUCUACGCGUCCCUGAGCUACAGCGGCUGGGGCGGCGGCAGCGGGCACGACGCGCCCAUGAUCGCCUACGACGCGCUGCUGGGCGCGGGGGACUCGUGGACGGAGCUGGCUCACCGCGCCUUCUUCCACGGCGGCGACAGCGACUCCACGGCUGCCAUCGCCGCCAGCUGGUGGGGCAUCAUCCACGGCUUCCAGGGGGUGCCCCCCUCCCUCUACGCCCACCUGGAGUACAAGGAGCGCCUGGAGAAGGUAGCCAAGGGCUUGUACAGCAUCCUCUAGGCAGGAGAUGGCGGGGCAGCCCUCAGGCACGCUUACCCUGCGGCUGUCCCAUGCUCGCUCGCUCGGUUUGCCAACCCACUGGAUUAAACCUCGUGAACGUAAGCCAGA